AUAAUCAAUCCAUAAUAGCGUUGUGUGUUAACGAUUUGAUUGUGAAUCAAAUAUGGCAGAACAUCUUGCUUCGAUAUUUGGUACCGAAAAGGAUAGAGUCAACUGUCCUUUUUAUUUCAAGAUUGGUGCUUGUCGGCACGGAGAACGCUGUUCUAGACUCCACAAUAAGCCUGUUUUUUCUCAAACUAUUUUAUUGAAGAACAUGUAUUUAAGCGUCGAUCAGAUUGCCGCAGCAGCCAUCGCAGUGGGAGCAAAGCCACCUGAAAUGUCAGAAGAAGACAUCAAAUACCACUUUGACGACUUUUAUGAAGAUGUGUACGACGAGCUUUCAAAGUAUGGAGAAAUAGAAGAAAUGCAUGUGUGUGAGAACAUGUCCGAGCACCUUACAGGGAACGUUUAUAUCAAGUUUAAGGAUGAAGAUGCAGCCCAGAGAGCUUUGCAGGCAGUAAAUGGAAGAUAUUAUGCGGGUCGUAUGGUACAUGCAGAGUUUUCACCUGUAACUGACUUUCGAGAGGCUCGAUGUCGUCCUUAUGAGCGGCAACUUUGUGACCGUGGUGACUAUUGCAAUUUUAUGCAUAUUAAAAGAAUAAGUGAUGACCUCUUCAACGGUUUAUUUCGGAGAAGGAGACGACAACGUGAACUGCCCGCAAGAGAACCUUCACCAGAGGAACUAGCCCAAGAAAGUCUCCAGAGAAGAAGAAGAAGAGACUCUUCAGAAGAAAGUAGAGAACAAAGAAGAAGAAAACGCCGAGAAAGUCGUUCACCAGAACGUCAUCAUCGGAGGAGGAGAUCGAGCUCCAGUCCUAGAAGAAGAUCGAGUAGGGAAAGACGUUCAAGGCAUUCUUCUAGUCAUCAUAGGCGUCAUAGUAGAGAACGCAAUAGUAGAAAGGAACACGAUUCAGAACACUAAUCAUAAUCUUAUUUUGUAUGCAGAGUUAUUUAGAAUAUUAUUCUUGUUUGUAUGUGGUUUGCCACUGCUCAUAUAGUCCCGCUAUAUAUCCUUCAUUUUGACGUCGAUGUCUCAAAGAGUCUUUUGAGAUAUAUAGCAUUUGUUUUUCGCAAAAAUGCCUUAUACAGUUUCUAAUACUAUGAUAAAUCUUGAUUCCGUUUGCUUCAUCUUGUUCCAACCAGUAAAGCGCAGCUGCAACAGCUUCAGCAGUACAAUAAGCAUUGGCAAUACUUGUCGGAGGUUUUCUUAAUAAAAAUAACGGUAUGCUUGGAAUAGCAGACUGAGUAUUUGUCUGACUAACAGUAACGUUCCUUCUCUCACGAAAGUAAUCAUUCUUUUGAUAUAAACUCUUUGCACUGCUCCAAGUGGCAUCAAUAACAAACAAACGAUGCUGCCCGCGAGAAACACUUCUAACAGGAAUCGCUGAAUCACUUGGAAACAGAACCAGGUCUUCCUCACGCAGUUCAUUCCACUCAGGAGGCAACUUGCGAGAUUUUACAACUUCAACAUUUCGUAAACAACUUUGAAGAAUGGGAGUCGUGCGGAAUGCAGCAUAAGCCUCGGCUGGGUGCUAAUAAAAGAAAGACUUUCAGU